CUUCCCCACAGUUUUGCUCGGAUCGUCGCCAAAAGCCACUCCCCUGUCUAGUCAACCCGGUGUGAUCAAGUCUUGUGUUUAUUUGGAUUACAUUAGUACAUAAUUGGGAACAUACCAGAAAUCAUUUGGCAGUCGCCAUCCAGCUCUUUCUUCUACCUGACAUUGGAGCUCAACGCCAAGAUCUGCUGGGACCCCAGCGUCAACCAGUUCCCAUUGCACAUAUACGCAGACCUCAGCUAUGUUCACUAUAUCAUUGCCCUCAUUCGGCAAAUUAUUCUCCUGGCGCGACAGGACGGUGUUCGACCUUCCACCAGUCAAGGUUCAUGAGACUGAUACGGCUCAAGAGAAGCCAGCUCGAGCUUUGAAGCACCUGCUGAAGCUCAACCACGCCAAUCAUGCCAUAUUAUGGAAUGAACGGAAAUUCCACAACCAUGCUCCUCAUAUCCUAAGCUCGUCCUUUCUGCAGGGAGCGGACGCGGAUGAUCUCACUCGUAUUUAUGAGGCGGAAUCUAAGUUAUUGGAUCCCUGGGUUGAUUCUCCCACCGAGAUCAGCACAUUCGACUGGAGAGACUUUCUGGGACGUAGAGAAUACCAACGAGCUUAUGUAGACUUUUUUGAGGAUGAGCUUGUGCGCUAUGGAUAUGACUGGAAGCAAGUCAUCUUUGAAUAUCUUUUCGCCGGAAAAGAACCCGUGUUCAACUCUCUGGUUGAAGAUCUUGGACACCCCUUGAUCCAUAUGGCCUAUGCUUUUGAGAUGGAUAGCCGUGAGGUUGGCAUGGAAGCCCUUUCUCUGACCACGACUUGCUACGGAGGCAUCCACAAGUAUCUCGACGACCCCUCAUAUUCUCAAGCAGAGCCAUUAUACAAUUCAGGUUCCCUCCUGGAUAUUCUAAACAAGGUUCGAACGGACCAGCGAUUCAACGGGAUCUUCGGACACCCAGGUGACCACAAUAUGGAGAUCAUCUUCCGAGAACAUGAAGCCGCUCUCCUCAACCACUGGAAUGCGUGGAAAAUCGAGGACCCUGUCAAUCAGUUCCGCGAGAGCCAAGAGGUAGCCGCCGCUAUAUUGGCCGCCACUCAUGGCAAGAUCAACGAGAAAUACGAUUUCUUCUUCGUCCACGUGUUGACGACCAGUCACGCAGUCCGCAUCCUUCUCCCCUUGAUCCCUGGUCGAUACCAAAUCCCACUGGUCAAGCAGUGGUGGCUCAUAACUUUGGCAAUCUACAUCGCUCAAUUGCGACCCGAAAUCAACCUCGAUCGCAUCCGAGACUACGACCUUGCCGGGAGAGAUUGGAAGUGGACGGCAAAGAAGGCUGUCAAGGGUGAACAUUCGACCGAUGCGCAUUACGUCAAGGCUAUUCGCGCCUGCAGAGAGGCCGCCUCGACAUGGGGCGACUCUGACUCCUAUUUUUUGAAAACGGCGGUCAAGUUUGCCGAGGAGUUUAGCGGCUGGGGAGGAUUCAUUUAAGGGAUGUGAAUAUUACACGAUGGCAACUUGUGAUACUAAUUUCUUUUGAACUGUUCAAUGGCGUCAAUAUGCAUCUCCAUUAUCUGUUUAAUCAGUACCUUAAAAGUACUACUUAUUGCUAGUUGGUUGACCAGGGUCUAUCGGGCCGGUUGGAGUUUUGAAUCAAACGAAAGUCUUAUUGAGC